AUGGCGUCAAACUCCAAUCACAUUCAGAUUGGGUUUCCCAGCCUUCCAGCGCCUGCUUCGACGACCCACUUUGCCUUUCUGACAGAAUGGCUUAACGACUGUGACGAGAACCACCGAGGAUGCGAUCCGGUGAAGAAAUACCCACCUCCCACCAGACUUAUUGAUCUUGGCAGCCCUGACGCUCCCGUCGUGCGUCUCAUCCAAACAACAACUACGGAGACCGUCAAAUACAUUGCUCUCUCGCAUCCUUGGGGCCAAGGCCAUUCGUUUUGUACUUUUCCUCACAACCUUGCUCAACACAAAGCAGCUAUUCCUGUGCGGAGCCCCAACUUCCCUGACACCUUCCGUGACGCAAUAGCCGCCACUCGUGCUCUAGGUGUUCGGUAUUUAUGGAUAGACUCCAUAUGUAUCAUCCAAGGGCCCGACGGCGACUUUGAGAAGGAAGCCAAGAGAAUGGAAGAUGUCUUCAGCGCAGCCUACUGUGUCAUUGCCGCAAGUAGCGCACGAGGGCAAAGGGAUGGGUUUCUCAGAACCAGAAAGGAAAGGCAAUUCCUUCAACUACGUGGCGAGUCCAGUAGCAGUCUGUACGUCUGCCGGUUUAUUGACAACUUUGCGGAGCACGUGCUGAAUGGGCCCUUGAGUAAGAGGGGUUGGGUCCUGCAAGAACGCGCCUUGGCCCGAAGGACAAUCUACUUUACCGACUGGCAAACCUACUGGGAGUGCGGCUGCGGAGUGAGAUGCGAAACCCUGACCAAGAUUGACAAUAAACUUGUCUCCUUUCUCGGCGACCCGUCCUUCCCAUCGAAACUAUCAAGUUUCGACCGAGGUGAGCGCAUCCGCUUCUACGAGGACCUGUACCGACAAUAUUCCCGCCUCAACUUCACCCGCCUCACCGAUCGCCCCGUUGCCAUAGCCGGACUUGAGCAGCGAAUGAUCAACAACCUGAAGGCCAAAGGCGGGUAUGGAGUUUUCCAUGACGGCGGCAGCUUGUUGUCUCGAUCACUGCUCUGGAGACGUGGCGCCGAGGCAUCGACAUUGAACAGGGUGGACUUUUCGAAAGCCAAGCAAAAGGAAGGGAAGAGCUUGCCCAGCUGGAGUUGGAUGGCGUAUGAUGGUGCGAUUGACUACCUGGACUUACCUCUUGGAGGUGUCGACUGGAGGAAUGAUGCGGUGCUUGACCCGUUUUGUUCUCCCGGCUCGGGUCGCAAUGAUCCCUCAAAUGAGACAGCCGUGUUGAAAGCGAUGGCACGACCAUUUGUUUUUGAGCCUGUUGGCGAGCCGGGAGAGAGUGUUGAUGUUAUUCUGGACGCUGGGAAUGCACAAGGAGUUACGGGAUGGGAAGGGUGGAAAGCGGUGGUUGUGGGGACCAGACGGAUAGCAAAGGGGGAGAUUGUGCCUGUGGAGCACAGAACGCAUUACUUGCUUAUUAUCACGGCUCUUACUGAGGGCGUUGGCCAUGAGACGAUCUAUCAGCGAAUUGGAGUGGGCUAUAUGCCGGGUGGGUUUCUGGGUGAAGAGGGGGUUCAAAGAGUGACCGUCGGAUGA